AUGGAGAUAGUUUCCAAUAAGGAUGCUAAAUUUGGAGACCUUAUUGGUCUCAUAUCAAAAGAUAUGAUUUUUGCAACGAAAAAACUCAAACCACCAAACUGUGCGUCGCGUUCACCAAAAAUCCAACGAUUUAUCGAAAUACAAAAUUUUAAUAAAACUUUUUUCUGUUUCUCUUCUCUCCGUUUUUAUGGCGUUGGCAACAGCAAUAAAUCGCCGAUAAACGAUUUUACGGCACAUAAUCAAUUUGAUUGUACGAAACUAAAUGCAAAUGAAUUGCAAGCAGCCAGGAACAGUGAAGCGGCAACAUUAGCUCAACGUUUGGAACAGUUUCGCAUUAAACGCCAACGACAACAGCAGCAAAGCUUAUCACUAGAUUCCGAGUCAUCAUUGUUGUCGCCGGUUUAUUGCAGCAAUAAAACUACAGUCAGGGGAAAUUCCGUGCCACCACACUCAAUAGCACCAACUUCACCGCCAGCACCCACCUACGCCCUUCACUCGAGAGCCACAACACCGCUACAAUCCGAUCAGAGGGUUUUAUAUGCUGUUGCACCCGGGCAUUUAUCAGCUGAGCAAACUUUGCCAUCAUUAAACCGGAAAAGCGGGGAGAGCUCAACACACGAACGCGAUACGAACGUUGACUAUGUUCAAAAUAGUCAUAGCAAGGCAUUACAGCUAAACUCAACGAAUUUUAAUGGCCCAUUGCCGACGCCUGUACAACAAUUGCCCUACACAUCGAUAAGCCAGCCUCAGUGCGAGCUAUUCCAGGCAAAAUCUGCAACAGCAGGCACCGAGUUCCCCUCGAGCAGUGGUCACAGUGAUUUGACUCAAUGUCCCAGAGAGGAAGUGUGUCAUUCGUUAACGGAGGAUAACAGCGGAAAAGUUAAACGCGUUAUUGUGCGGCGUCGAAUUGUCAAAUCCAAAACGAAAUCCCCCUCCCCACAAAUUGGGGAGACGCAGCAGCCAAUCGUUGCUGCAACAAACAUAUCCAACACACAACAACAAACACAGCAACGUAGAAAAGACGAAAAACGCUCUUGGUGGACUUCAUACUUGGGUACUGGCUCUCCCCAUUCAGCUUCCAACCACAAAAAUGCAGAGUUAGCCCACGGCCAAAUAGCCAAAACUAAAACUUUAGACAUUCCCAAAGCAAAUAGUGAUCCUCAUACGCAACACAGCGACCCAGCGACCACCGGCAAUUUCAUCAUGGCCAUGCUGAGGACUAUGAAACUAAAAGAGCGCCUGGCCAUAAGUCUGGGCGCCACCCUCAUACUGCUCACCCUGCUGCUGGUGGUCGAUGUACAAAUGGAUUUGGGUGUAACCAAUCGCCAUUUGCUGCCCGCCGCCCCACAGACCAUACAUCAGCGGAUACGUUACACCGAUGAUGGCAGUUUUAUGAGAGACAUCAAACGAAAGUUCCUGCAAAAAAGUAAUUAUUCCGGUUCUAAGGAAACCUCAACACCUCAAACAACACAGGCACGUCCUGGCAGUGCGGCCGGAGGCAGUGCGGGUAGCCAAAGUGCGGGAAUGGUGGCCACUGGUUUUCAGGAGCCCAAUGCAGCUGAUGUGCGACAGACGUUACUGACAACGAAGAAACCGAUACCACACGAUCGUUUCGAAGAUUUAGUGAAGAUUGUCAAUGAUUAUACGGGGACACUGCAGUAUGGUCAUGUCUUGGCCGACAGCGAUGGUGAUGAGGAUGGCAAAAAUCCAUCACUGGGUGAGGUCAUGAAAAUUAAACCAAGCAAAAAUGCAACAAAUUUGGAGAAAUUUCAAUUGAGAAUCACCAAACAUGAAUUGUAUGCUGCAAAUGAUACGUUGGUCGAUGCUUUGCUAAAGGAUAUGAUAAAUUUGCCCAUAAAGCAUGUUGUACAAAAGGAAGGCGGGACACAGCUCAAAUUAAUGAUCGAGUAUCCAAACGAUGUCAAAGCAUUGAUGAAACCAAUGAGAUUCCCCCGGGACCAACAAACUUUGCCCAAUCAUUUUUACUUUACCGACUACGAGAGACAUAACGCUGAGAUUGCUGCAUUUCAUUUGGACAGAAUUUUAGGUUUUCGUCGAGCUAUGCCAGUGACGGGUCGUUUGUUAAACAUAACCACGGAAAUUUAUCAAGUCGCCGAUGAGAAUCUCCUAAAGACAUUCUUUGUCUCACCCUCCUCGAAUUUGUGCUUCCAUGGCAAGUGUUCGUACUACUGCGACACCUCGCAUGCGAUUUGUGGUAAUCCAGACAUGUUGGAGGGAUCCUUUGCUGCAUUUUUGCCAGCUUACGAACAGGCUGGUCGCAAGGUUUGGCGUCAUCCAUGGCGCCGUUCAUAUCAUAAACGCAGGAAGGCUCAGUGGGAAACUGAUGCCAACUAUUGUUCUAUGGUUCGUGAUAUUCCCCCUUAUGACGAAGGCCGUCGCCUUUUGGAUUUAAUGGAUAUGUCUGUAUUUGAUUUCCUAACCGGCAAUAUGGAUCGCCAUCAUUACGAAACGUUCAAAAUAUAUGGCAAUGAUACUUUCACAUUACACUUGGAUCAUGGUCGUGGAUUUGGUAAGCCAUUCCAUGAUGAUUUGACAAUAUUGGCUCCCAUGUUACAGUGCUGUAUGGUGCGGAAAUCCACUGUCAAAAAAUUGCUGGAUUUCCACAAUGGACCACGACCAUUGUCACAAGUAAUGCGUGAAACAAUGUUGGUGGAUCCCGUUAGUCCUGUUCUGUGGGAGCCCCAUCUAGAGGCAUUAGAUCGAAGGGUGGGCAUUAUACUGCAAGGCGUAAGGGAUUGUGUGAAAAAGAAUCCUCCCGAAGAAGUUGAUGGUUCAGAGGAUAAUGUAUCAUCAUAGCGUUAGAUAAUAAUUAGACAAAACAAACCAAACGUAGAACGUAAGACUACUAACCUAAAUAGAGUUAAAGCCAGGAAAAACAAAAACAAACGAAAAAAUUAUCCCCUCGCCCAUAAAAAGAGAAAAAUGUUAAAAAUGUUUUUGUUGAAA